AGGAAACUAUUACCAGAGUUUCGACUUUUGCGAAGUCAUUAAAUAUCUUCUAUAGGUCGGUGACCUCUCAAGGUUUUGAUACUUCGUCAGUCUUCAUGCAACCACCAACAAGAAAAAAUCUAAAUCCUCAUCAUGUCCGUCACAAAUCAAAGAUCCACCAAAAUUCACCGAUGAAUUGGAAAAAUACUUCAAUGGAUUUUGAAAAAUUUGUAGACAAUAUUUUCAGUACUAUAUCUUAUAUUAAAUUUUGGAAAAAGUAUUCAUCUUUGACGUUUAGUAAAAAUAUAAUAAACAUUUGUCUAAAUAUAUCUUUGUUAACUUUGAGCUCGCUGCUUGUUAUGUCGGAAACUAUUGACAUUUAUAACAGCUAUGACUUGACAAGUUUCGCAGCUCAUUUGAACCCAGUUUUAUUUCAUUCGCAUGGAUUAUUUAAAUGGAUUUUUUUAAUUAUGAAUAUGAAUGAUAUUGAGGAUAUUCUUUUAAAAAUGAAACGUUGUCAUAGAUAUUGUCUUAAAUACAAUGAAAAUGAAGAAGAGCUUUAUCAGUAUAAUCUACAAAUAAUUAAAUUUCGACAUAAAGUGAUGAAAUUUGCUCACAUAUGGACGUUUAUUGUUUUAUGGGGCGUGAUACAGUGGUGUAUCAAUCCUGUUAUAUACGAUUGUUACAAUAUUUAUAUUUUGAAAAUUGAAAACACAAAUUACACCCGAAAUUUGCCAUAUCCAGGAAUUUACCCAUGGACUAUAGAUAGUAAUUACAAAUAUAUGAUGACGUUUGCUUUUCAGUUAACUAGUGCACUUACCACUUCCAUAGAAAUGGCGACCAGUGAUGUACUAAGUGUUAUUUUUUUUAGUAACAUAUCGUUCAAUAUUAAAUUGUUAAAUGAUGCUUUAAUUAAAGAGAAAGGUCUUUUAUUAUCUUUAAGAUUGUCUGAUAGUGAUUUAGCAAUAAAAAAAUUUAAGAAGAAAUUAAGAAACUGCCUCAUACAUCAUCAAGAGAUUUUAGAAUUUGUCUAUAAGUUACAAAGUGUUUCCAGUUAUCCAAUAUUUUUAUUGUGUUUUGACAGUACAGUGGCUCUGUGCUUACUUUCAUUGGAAGCGACGACAAUGGAAAUCAAUUCAAGUAUCGAAUGCAUUAUGAAGUUAAUGAGUACGGCAGAAUACUGGUCAGGAACUGCUGGUGAAUUGUUCUUAUUUUCAUUCCUUGCAACGAACCUUGAAGAACUGGGAUUAGAAACUGCAGAUGCUAUAUAUUCAUGUAGUUGGGAAACAUCGAUGGUCAAUCAUAAGGGUGAAUUUAGUGGUGAACACCGACACAUAACAGUCGAAAUAAAUCAAAUGAUAAACUUUAGUUUAAUGCGGGCCCAAAAACCGAUAAUUUUCAACGGAGGACUAUUUUAUAUCAUAUCUUUACCAACUUUCAAGGCUAUUACAGGUUUUGCAUUGUCAAAUGCUAUAGUGCUAGGUCAACUUUCCGGAGAAACAUAAAAUUUAUUUUUAUAGAAACCAAUUAAAAAAUAGAAACUAUUUACUGACUGAAAUCAUUUUUUCAUUCAUUAAUUUAUUCGCAAACCCCGUCCCCACGGACUUUUCUAUCAACA